UGGGAUGGGGAGAGGGGACGAUGACCAUGGAGGUGUCUUCGAGCGUCCACGAGCCUUUAAAGUCACCUGGCUCGGAGGCCGCACGGCCCUGCGGCCACAAGAAACACAGCCCCGGGGCCCAGCGUCGGCCCGAGAAGCCUCCCUUCUCCUACAUCGCCCUCAUCGUCAUGGCGAUCCAGAGUUCACCGGCCAAGCGAGUCACCCUCAGCGAGAUCUACCAGUUCCUGCAGGGUCGCUUUCCGUUCUUCCGCGGCGCCUACCAGGGCUGGAAGAACUCCGUGCGACACAAUCUCUCGCUCAACGAGUGCUUUGUGAAGCUGCCCAAGGGCCUGGGCCGGCCAGGCAAGGGCCACUACUGGACCAUCGACCCGGCCAGUGAGUUCAUGUUUGAGGAGGGGUCGUUUCGACGGAGGCCGCGGGGGUUCAGGCUCAAGUGUCAGGCGUACCGAGGCAGCCAGGCGUUGCUGCACUACGGGCUGGUGGGGCUGACCUCGACGGCUUUCCAUCAUCACGAUCAGUCACAUCACCACCAUCAUAAUCUGCCUCCCCAUCAGACCCUUCAUCAGCAGCACCAGCACAACCAACACCAUCACAGUUAUCAGCAGCAGCAGCAACACCAUCAGCAUGACUACCUACAACACCAUCACCACGAAACCAAUCAUCUUCAGAACAAUGGGCUCCACGAACAGUCGUACGGGCACCUGCAGCACCACCUGGCACUCGGGAUGGACGUUCCUAGGCCUGCCCUGCACCACGCUAAUCAACAUUCAGGGCCAGAUCUACCAAAGUCGCCCGGCUUUACAAAGGUCGCGUAUGCGGAAGGGGCAACGUGCAGUCUCAAGGAGGCUUCGGCGACGAUGGCGCGGAGCGGGAAGGAAGCGCUCGGCUCCUGCACGGUGGCUGAUGAUGGGCCACAGUCGGCGGCGACCUUCGGAGGAGACGGGUACGCGGGCGGGGUCAACGGAGCAAGGCGGUGGCUGCAGGGGUCGCCCGGCGGCCGUGACCGUCGCCAGAGCCAAAGAGUCGAUGACGGGCGGCCCAGCUCGGGGCAGCAGCUGGGCCUGGGGGAGGACGCGUGCUUCGGGAAGGGAGACGAGCUCACGUCCUCCGAGCUGAGCAAGGGCUCACUGGGCCACCUGGGCGCCGGGACGCACGGGUCCAAGGACGUGCGUGCGGUGGAGACGACAGACGUCCUGCAGGACGUGGGGUCUCGUUUGGGUUUUAUCCGAGGCAGCAGCCACUCCGUUGGCGAUUUGAGCGCGGUGCACCACCACCUGUUCUUGGGGAGCACGGGCUUCUCCAGCGCUGACCAGGCACCUCAUCUUCUACCUCAUCAUCAUCAUCAUCCACCUCUGUACGCACCACCUCCUGUUCAUGGGCAAGGGUCGCCUGAAUUUUCCACCGGCCUGAGUCCAACGUGGCACCAGAAUUGUUCGCCUGGCAGCUCGCCAAGCCUCACCCGUCUUUCGCCGGCAGAGAAAAGUCGGCCACAUUUUAUCCACCAUCUCACCAAUCAUCACCACCAGCAGCAGCAUCAGCAGACGGGAUCCUCCUACCUUUCAUACGGUGGCAGCACUGCAGAAGACUUCCCGCUGUUCCUGUGCCCCUCUCCACCUGAAGACAGAAAGGACUUUACCUUGGGCUUAACGAACGCCGGCCACGCCAGACAGCCCACGCACCUGGGCGACCAGUCCCUGUGUACACCUGGCCAUGCCUCUUCGUACGACGUCAAGCCCUGCCUCAUCUGAGACGAAGACCCGCGGCCAUCUGGGAGGCCCCGAAUGGCCCGUCGAAGUUGUUCGGAAGUUGAGACCUCAACGUUUUGAUGGCCUGGGAGCAUGAUUUACAUCCAAAAGGAGUGAUGAUGAACUCUGGACGCUGAGGAAUUAGGCAAGAGUUAAGAUGAAGUGUGAACGUGUCGACAGUGCCCAUCUGAGCUUCAGGAAUCAGUCGUGCUAUCUGUUGAUGUGCCUCCUGGGCAGCCUUAGAUGGCACCGAUGUUGUUGCCGAUUUUGUACUCAACAAGAACACUACGGUAUGUGUAAAAAAACAUAUAUUUUUAAAUGUUUUAUCAUGUCAAUGUAACAUGUUUUAUUCAAACAGCCUAUUGGAAUGGUGGACCAAAGUUUUCCAACAGCCUUUAUUUCAGCAGCCAAACGCUGUAAUGCAAUGGGUUCCACCUCUCUGGGUCUCAUCGGCAGAAUAUGGCCCUGCUAAACAUAUGCACCCGAAUUUCCUGAUGUAAUAGGCAAGAGUCCUUUCACGGAUACUGGGUGGCCUGUUCAUAUUGACGUAUGCAGUAAUAAUCAAAACGAUGCCCUUGACGUAUCAAGGCGAUUUUAAUGAGGGUGCUUGCCAUAUGUAGCUCUGCUAUUGUUCGCUGUCGUUGCUUAGCAUGAUGACGUUGGUGUGUUUACAAUUAAUUUUACAGAUUGUUGCUUGUACUGCCAUUUGAUAGAAACUGUUUCAAACGCAUCGUAGCACGUGCUGCCCUUGUAGCACACGAGCAGCCUGCGCACGUGAUCGUCUGUCCGUCCCUCCAGCCAGCCAGCGAGCAAAACUUGUUAUAAUAUAUUAGCACGGACAUUUUUUUAAGUUUUAGUGUUCCCCGGCACAAUUGAGCCUUUUGGUAGUGUCACAUCAGUGUUGGCAGUCCAGUCUAUUGUGUAAAUUCCACAUUCGUAUGGCUGGAGGGUCAGUACAUCUGUUGGACAACGAAUGCUUAACUUCUAACCAAGCAAAUGUCGGCGUCCAAAGUGGUGCUUUUGUUCCUGGCACCAGAUUGAUGAUGGUGAUGAUUGUGAAGUUGGAGUUGACCCCGGAUGGCGUUGAACUCAUGUUGCUGCGGUAUAUUUCAGUAUUAAUUAAACAUAUCUAUUAAAUGAUAAUUAUAGACUCUAUCAAAGCAUAAAACAAUGAACAAAUUAUAAUUUGUUAAAUUGAUUAUAAUCAAACGUGGCAAUUAUCUGUGAUCAGUUCAAAUGAGGUAACUUUUGACACAUUUCCUCCAAAAUUCGGCGAAUCAUGAGUUACAUUGCAAGCUGAUUUUGAGAUGUAUAUAUAUUUAAAUCUUAAAUCCAAAUGUUUAGCUUUACAAAGAUUCCAAAGCCAUCGUUUCUUACCUAAAAGCGUCGCCUAGUUUGAGUGUCCUACCUGGGCCCGGUCAUCCAGGCAAGAGGGGGACGGGGAACAAUGAAGGCCUAAUUAGUAAGAUGACAUCAUUGAUGUUAAUAAGUAAUUAUUUACUCUUACAACUUAAAUUGUAAAGUUAUUUUUUACUAUGCAACAGAUUAACAAUUUGUUAGUACUAUUUACCUACUUAUGUGCUUUAUAUUCCGAAUGUUUUUGUUGUAAAUAUUUGCAAGUGUUUUCUCACCGUAUGAUAAGCUCUCUAUAUUUGUAAUAUUUGCUUUCGAAUAAAACCACCAAUUUAAUAUAAAA